AUGUUCUAUCCUACCGGUAUGGGUAAUUUAACAAUUUACAAUAAAGAUACCAAAGAAGUUAUUGGGCAGAGAGUUGAAGAUUUAGACUAUAAUCCAACUAGUGGAAAUUUUUCAUUUUAUUUUGGUAGUCUAAUGAGAUAUUGUUAUUUAAAACCAAAUGUAUUCACCUUUCAUAUUGAAUUACCAGAACCAGUUGUUACCCUUAGAAUAACUUGUAAAUUCCAAGAUAUAGGAGGGAUGAGUAGUGGUAAAACUCAAAUUGACUCAAGUGAGCAUAUUUAUAAAAUUUUUAUUAAUGGUGAUGAAUUAUUAUAUAGUCCUGAUCUUAUUCUCAGUCUACCAUACGGGUACUCAAACUUAACUUUUAUUUUCGAAGGGAUUUGUCAACCACAAACAUAUAUUCAUUUCGUUGACUCAAAUGAUGACUUUGCUAAUAAUGAUCUACAAAAUUAUUACCCCAAUUCUGAACAUUGGUAUUUAAAAUUACCAAGUGGAUUUUAUAAAAUAACAAUUGAAAAACUUAAUGAAGAUGGCUUAAGUUGUUUGGGAAGUUCUAUUAUUUUAAUACCAACAAAUUUAGAGGUACCAAAUGUAUCUUACACAAUAAUUAAUAAACCAAUUUGUAAUGAAGACUAUAAUGGUUCAAUAUCAUUUGAAUAUGUCACUUUUAGGGAUCAAACUACAAUGGCAAUUGGCAAUGUUUUUUAUUACGGUUAUAAAACUAUGUUUGAAAAUGGUAUGGUUAUUGGUUUUAAUCCUGGUCAUUAUGUUUUUAGUAUUGCAUCUGGAAGUUGUUCUUGGGCAGUACCAGUUACCAUACCAGUGGAACCAAUUUCAUAUACUUAUGAAACCCUAUGGUAUUAUAGAAGUGAUUUUUGCUCGAUUGAAUUUGGCUAUCAAUUUAAUUUCGAUAAUUAUAUGGAAGCUAAUGUCAGGGUCCCUUUUUUUAAAGAAGGAAGUUAUUGUAAAGGAUUAUUAUCUGGAAGUACUAGAGAGAGUUUAAAUGUUUCAUUUAUUAUUAAAAAUGUAUGCCAGUUUACAUUUCCAGUUUAUAUUGAUGAAUCAAUUUUUCAACUAGAUUUAAGUUAUACAAUAGCGAGAACUCCUGUUUGCGAUACAGGUGUAUUAUUACCAUUAUUAAAUUCAGAAGAAAGAAAAAGAAUUACAACAGAUUAUUGUAGGAGAUGGUUCACUAAACUAUCUGUUGAUAUUGGUAUUUCAAUUUUCUCACUCAAUAUUUCGUCAAAUCCCUAUCAAUCAGUUAUUAUUCCAUCAAUUUUAAACUCAACUUAUUCAAGUGAUUUAUUAUUUAACUAUAAUAUUACUACACCUUCAAAUUUAUCUAUGCAAUUCAUUAAAUCUGGUGUAUUAACAAUUGAUUCAUUAAAAGAGAGUGGUCAAUAUAAUUUAACAGUUUCGGAUAGCCAUUGCAUCCAAACUCAUAAAUUUAGUAUUAACCAAUGUCAAUUAGAUAAUGGUGAUGAUGGUUCAACAAACAUGGGUUUAGCUAUUGGUUUACCAAUCGGUUUGGUAGCUGCUGGCGCUACUGCUACUGGUGUUUUCUUUUAUAAAACGUGUUGGAUCAAUAAAAACCAAAGAACUACUUCCCGAGGAACAUGA